AUGGCGACGCGAAUGCCCCUCAUGCCUCCGGAGAAUGAGACGGAAGCCCAUUUCAGCCGGAUUACCCGUGAGGGUAAGAGGAUAUCGUACAAGCUCAGUGUCAUGCAGCAACCUGAGCGUGCCAGAGCCUGCGGUGCAGGUGCCAAAUCGUCUGCCGACCGUCGACCGGUUGAUCCUCCGCCCGUGGUUGAACUGCGCAUCUUCGAAUCCGACCCCAAUGACGACCUGCACAAGACCGACAUCACCUUUGCCUACAACGCCAGUUUCUUCUUGUACGCGACAUUGCAAACGGCGCGCCCCAUUGCGCAUGGGCGAGUCGCUGGUGCUCCGACUACCCCCGUGUUGACCGGUGUGCCCGUCGCGGGAAUCGCCUAUUUGGACCGUCCGUCUCAGGCUGGCUACUUCAUCUUUCCCGAUCUGUCGGUCCGUCAUGAGGGUCGAUACCGCUUGACCUUCCACCUGUACGAAGAAACCAAGGACCUCAAGGAUGCCGACAGAGAUCCCCCGAUACCGGACACCACCGUUCAACCGCUUAAACCGGGCGCUAGCACUAAUGACGCUUUCAACUUCCGUCUUUUGGUCAACUCUGUCCCCUUUACCGUGUACAGCGCCAAGAAGUUCCCGGGUCUGGCCACCAGUACCUCCCUGAGUCGAAUUAUCGCUGAACAAGGCUGCCGUGUUCGCAUUCGCCGUGAUGUCCGCAUGAGACGCCGCACCGACAAGCGCAACGACGACUACGAUGAAUACUCUGCGGCUCCCCGGCAAGCAGACAACAGGUACUCCACGCCAGAUGCCUAUACCGCUGCUGCCGCUGCUGCUGCGGCAGCAGCCACCCCCAUCGAACGCCCACGAUCUGCCAGCACCAGCACGAUCGAACCCGCUUUGCCAUACGCUCCUGAUGCGCAGCGUCGACCUUCUGGAUCCGACUACGGAUACCCUUGUGCGCAGCCCUAUCAAAGAGCCAUUCCUGUCGCGCCGCAGGCAUCACCGUAUCCUUCGCACCUUUCUUUCGGCUCUGGUCAGCCUCAGUACCAUGCUCCCCCGCUUCCACCCACUCCCCAAGCGACCGCACCGGUAAUCCCAUACUCGCCUCAUCUGUCAUACUCCCAUACUAGAAAUCCAUCCACCGAAUACGAACCCACUGGGUACCCAUACCCUCAACCGCGACCACCCACCGAGCGGACUUCCAGCUACCCCGGACCUCUACCGCCUCUCCGUCCUCUUGAGCCACCAAAGGGCUUCACACAACCAGCGGGUGAACCCCGUUCCUCGGAUCCCAACGCUUAUCACCAAUCUCAAGCCCUGCCUCCAGCGCCACGAUCUCAUACACCCUCAACAGGUAUUGCACCUUCCCUUCCGCCUCUCUCGGCCCUGUCUAGCGGCAGUGAAUACGCCCACCACAUGCCCAGCAGUAUGGUUCUGAACCCGAGCCACGAGAUGACUCCGGGCAAACGGUUGUACGAUGCCCCCGGACCGAAGUUGAGCAAACGGUCGCAUGAUGACUCAUUUGGGCCCGAUGACCGCCCGAUGCAAAACGGCAUGCGACCAGAUACAGAAUUGUAUCCGAGCAUGCAACGGAAGCUUUCUGAGGCCAGUCGCGCCUACUUUGGUGAUACCCGCGAUGAGAUGGCAUACAAGCGAGCCAACGGCCGCAUGGCCAUGAAGAUUCCGCCGACUUUUUCUAGUUAA